AUGGAGUUGCUCAUUGGUGACGUUUCUGAUUCGGAUUUCUUGAUCAAUUACCAGCUUGAGCAGCAAAUUGGGCUUGGCAGCUUGCCAUUUCCAACUAUGAAUAGUAUUAAAUCAAAUUUUUUAACACUUUUUAUUAUAGAAAGUGGUGCGGGUGUUUGCACAUUUUUUCUAACGAACACUUGUCGUCUAAGCACACGCUGCCCAUUUCGUCAUAUUAAAGGUGAUAAGACGGUUGUGUGUAAGCACUGGUUACGCGGUCUGUGUAAGAAAGGAGAUGAUUGUGAUUUUCUCCACGUGUAUGAUAUGACAAAGAUGCCAGAAUGUUACUUCUUUUCAAAAUUUGGUGUUUGCCUGAACAAAGAGUGCCAAUUUUUGCACGUGGAUCCCGCGACUAAAAUCCAAGACUGUGCCUGGUACGCCAGAGGUUUCUGUCGGAAUGGACCGUCUUGUCGCAACCGUCAUGUUCGGCGUAUAGCGUGCCAGAAUUACAUAAAUGGUUUUUGUCCUCAUGGACCAAGCUGUAAACAGGCUCAUCCAAAGUGGUGGCCUCUUCCCGGAUCUGAUCAAGAUCAUCAUAAACAGAAGUGGAUUUGCCAUCAUUGCAAGGAGAGAGGCCACAAAGUUCAGUUUUGUCAUAAGCUUCCGUUGGAAGAACGACAACGACUUCAGGAACAGUCGUCCCAGCGCUUCCAGCCGUCGUUCCCAUCAUCUGGCCAGCCGUUUUUGGGGAACUCCUCGUUUCCUCAAGGUCCUGGUAGAGGUAUUCUUGCGGCGAACCAGAAACACGUUAGUAUGGGGGGGCAGCAGAAACCACUAGAUGAGGUUACCUGUUACAAGUGUGGCGAUAAAGGCCACUACGCCAACAAAUGUACCAAAGGGUAUCUGGCUUUCCUCAGCAAAGGUUCGAAUGACGCCCAUAAUUCUCUUAAUGUUGCACCCGCAACUGUGUCUUGA